AUGAGUUGCGUGGAAAAGGAUUGUCGAAAUUACAUUGAAAAAGUGAGACGAUUAAGACUUGGGGAAGGGGACGCCACCGCAAUACAAACAUACUUUUCAAAAAUGCAAGCACAGUGCUCGGGCUUUUUCUUUAGUAUGGAUCUGGACGAUGAUUCCCGAUUGAAAAACAUAUUUUGGGCAGAUAAUUACUGUAGACAAGCGUAUAAGGAAUUCGGCGAUGUUGUUACAUUCGAUAUCACUUCCUUGACAAACAAAGGUCGUUGGGUUCCUUGUUUUCUGAAGACUAGUUUUUGGGCAAGGAUGUCAACGACACAGAGAAGCAAGAGUAUGAAUGCAUUCUUUGAUGGGUGCCAUUUGUUCGUGUUUAGGGGGAUAAUUUGUCGGCAUACUAUUGCAGUAAUGAUUCAUUGUGACGUCACAUUACUUCCCGAGAGGUACAUACAGCGAAAGUGGAAGAAAGACGUUAGUAGAGCACACCCUAAGGUCGCAGUCAAUUACGAUGGUUUGGCUAGUACUCCUGAGCAGUUGAAGUAUGGCAACAUGUGUCGUGCUUUUGAAGAAGUAAUGGACCUCACAGCAGACGAUGAGGGUCGAGCACGUGUAAUUAUGGAAUGGAUAAAACUUCAACGUUAA